ACUUCCUUUCCCGAGCUCAGACGCCCUGGAAAAAACUACCAAUCCCUAAAGGCACUGCGCGCCCCUCUCGGCGCCUGCGCGAGUUCCGAGCCAGCAGGGUGAGGCUCAGGUGGGCGGGAAGAGAAGAGCUAUGGGGAAAGAUUCGAAUUCCGGAGGAUUUAAAUCGCGGGAGGAGAAGCCACCGCGGCCCAGUAGGUUACAUAUGAGGAUAGUUUACUAAAACAUUAAGCUAUGCAUAAAAACUCCAAGAGAAACAGUAAUCCAAGAGUUUCUCACACAGAAGCGAACUCUGUGGAUGCUGAGAAGGAAAAAAAUGAGAGUGAAAACAACUUUGUUGAACUGCUGCCUCAAGAACUCACUUUUAAAAUUUUCAGUCAGCUGGACAUUCGGAGUUUGUGCAGGGCUUCAUUGACAUGCAGGAGCUGGAAUUACGCAAUAAGAAACAGUGACUCUUUAUGGAAACCUCACUGCAUGACUGUAAGAGCUGUGUGCCGAAGAGAAAUAGAUGAUGAUCUAGAAAGUGGUUAUUCCUGGAGGGUAAUACUGCUGAGGAAUUACCAGAAGAGUAAAGUGAAACACGAAUGGCUAAGUGGCAGAUACAGCAACAUUUGUUCUCCCAUUAGCCUACCAGAAAAAACCAUGUACCCAAUGGAUGCAGAUACAUGGGGAGAAAUUCUAGAAGCAGAACUGGAAAGAUAAGGAGGAAAAAAAAUCACAAACAAAUCUCAGGUCUUUGAAAAUUUAAAACUCAAAUGAGUCUUAGGUUGCAAAAGCUAUAUCUUUAUUCGUUCAUUUUGUUGUUGUUCACCUUUUUAAAAGAAAGUGAAAUGGAAAUAUAAAAGUAAAGCUUUAUUUUUGUUUUGCACUUUAGUAAAAUUUUUCUGCUUUUAUUGUAAUGUGGAAAAAUCAUGAAAUGUUAUUUUUAUAAGAAAUAGUAUACUGAUAGAGUGAUUUCCAAAUAUAAUGUUUCGUGUAUUUGUGUUAAUAUAUUCGCAAUACUAAAUGAAAGAGUGAUUUGUAUGUUCAGCUUAAUGAUAAUUCAAAAUUUCAGGAAGCCACUUGAGACUGACUUAAAGAUUCAUUAAGUGUUGGAUAUAACUUGGCUUAUGGGAAGACUAGCUAAGUGAAAUUAAUAGCAAUACAUUUAAAUUAAUACAUUGGCAUUUUAAUGACUUUAACAUUUCUAUUUCAGUGGAAUCAGAUUGAAAUGUCAAAUAAUGAAACUAUUUUAAAUGUGUUAAGCCUGUGGUUUAGUUUUAAGUUAAUGUCAUCCUAGGGCUAAAGCUUAUCCAGUUGAGAUUCCCAUUACUUUUAUAUAAACCUGGAAUGGCUCUCAGGAGCUGAAAGUAUGUGGAAAGUUUCCAGAACACUUAACUACCAUCAGAAUGCCACACUAGCCUGGUAAAACUCUCUUUCUGACAGCCUUAUAGCACCAUCUAGUGUGCUAUUCUUAGAUACCAAGACAAAGGGCUUACAGCUCCUUUUUGUUUUCUCCAUAUUAAAAACUAUUAUUCUAAAGAAUCCUUAACACUUGUCUUUGUUAAAGUGUAUAACUUUUUAGGAAUCUUUAUUUUAAUUUUUUAAAACUUUUGUUUCUCUUUUUUCAUAAAACAUGAUAUACUACUCACUAUCACAAAUUGUUUAUUCUGAAUCUGUGGUUACCACCAUAGUAAAAAGUGUCUACAAAAUGCUUUAGUUAGGCUUUAGUUAGUGUGGGGUUUUCUUCUUAAAAACUGUUCUCUAUAGCAUUAAAUAUAAGAAUCCAGAAAAGUAAUAUUUAACAAAUAGGCAAAUAUUAGAAAGAUGCCCCCAUUAUAUGCAAAUUCCCUAUGUUGAAUAGAGCAGUAGAUAAUUAAUUGUCUCCUACUAUCUUCUUAGAGUUGGAAGAUUCCUUGAAAAUCAGGCAGUCAAGUUUCCAGGACUAUUCAGUAAUUUUCUCAAUAGGAACACUGUCAGUCAGCCAGCCCAAGCUCAAAUCCUGUACUUCUACUAAUAGCGUUAUCUGUUAUGUCACAGAACAGUCCAGUUGUAGUCUAGGCUUGAACUGAAGACCACCUCUCUGUAAUGUUUGCCUUCUAGUCCCACUUCCACCCUCUAGAACCAGGCUGAUUCAGUCCUUCCUCUCUAUGAUUGCCUGAUAUUUGAAGACUGCUGGCCUGUCUCUUCCUAGGUCUUCUCUCCAAUUCCACUGAUGAUUAUAGAGUAUAAUUUCUAGACCCAACAACAUUCUGUUCUGCCCAUUUACUCUUAACAAAAAAAAGGGGCUGUGCGCCAUGGCUCACGCCUGAUAUCCAAUCACUUUGGGAGGCCAAGGUGGGUGGAUCACCCGAGGUCAGAAGUUCAAGACCAGCCUAGUCAACACGGUGAAACCCCGUCUCUACUAAAUAUACAAAUAUUAGCCCGGUGUGGUGGUGGGCGCCUGUAAUCCCAGCUACUUGGGAGGCUGAGGCAGGAGAAUCGCUUGAACCUGGGAGGCAGAGGUUGCAGUGAGCCGAGAUCGCACCAUUGCACUCCAACCUGAGCAACAAGAGUGAAACUUCAUCUCAAAAAAAAAA